AACCCCUAACUAAAACCUCCGCUUACGUCUCUCUCACACACAGUAAACACACACACACACAAUGUAUCCACCUGCGCCACCAUCCUCGGCGGUUUCGCCGAUUCAGCUGGCGGUGGCGGCGCUGUUCGGCGCCUCCGUAAUGGCCAUAUCCGCAUUCUACAUCCACAAGCGCAGCGUCGAUCAAGUCCUCGACCGCCUUCUUAACCUACGCCGCAGCCGCCGCCACCGCCAACUCCCCGACGACGAAGAACUCGAAUUCUCGGAUUAUAAUGAAAAUGCGGAGACUGAUAAUAACGUUUCUAUAUGGAGAAGUAAUAAUAAGUUUUCAGGUUCAUUUGACGAUCGUAUUGAGGAUAGUGGUGGUGGUGUUUCAUCUUCUAUCCCCGCCGCGAGUUUUCCGAAGAGCAAGCGAUCUGUGGAAGCUGGUAUCGCUUCGUCUUCGGCGAAUUCGGAUUCAUUGGAAAAUAUUCAUUUGAUUUCUUCUGAUUUACCACCAGUUCGGAUUGAUCAAAGGGACGGGGAAGAGAAGCAUGCCAGCCAUUCUGGUACAACUAUGCGGGUUGGAUCAGCUGGUAGGCUUGCUACCCCGAGAUCAGCAGGUAGUUAUGCAUUUGACAGCGCAGGGGAUUCGGAUGAUGAAGGAACUGAACUUGAAGCUGAAGACGACCAGGAUAUGAAUCUAACUACUCAAGAUCAGCACAUUAUUUCAGCACAGGCUGAAAAUGGGAAUUAUAUGCAUGUUCAAGAACCUGAAGUGACAGUGUAUGAAGCAAAGUCUAAUACAGAUCAUGCUGAUAGAAAAGCAGAUAGAGAUUCCACAAGCAUUCUGUCUAAUAACUACGUUAAUAGCAACAGUAUUUUGCCACCGAUAGCUACAUUGCAAGAGUCGGUGAGUGCUGAAGAACAAGAAGUGCUGAAGAUGAUUCAUGACUGUUUAGAUUUGAGGGAUAAGUACAUCUUCAGGGAAAAUGUUGCUCCGUGGACAAAAACUGUUGAAAAAUCUGAUUUAGCAGAGGUCAAGAAAGAUCCAUUUUACUUUGCCCCCACUGAAGCAUCUUCCCAUUUCUUCAGAAUGGAAGAUGGUGUAGUGCGUGUUUAUGGGAGUGAAGGGGAUACUGAAGAACUUUUUCCUGUUGCGAGUUCGACGACGUUUUUCACUGACAUGCAUCAUCUCCUUAAAGUGGUUUCCAUUGGAAAUGUUCGCUCUACAUGUCACCACCGAUUACGGUUUCUUGAAGAAAAAUUUCGUCUUCAUUUGUUGAUGAAUGCGGAUAGGGAGUUUGUAGCUCAGAAAAGCGCACCUCAUCGUGAUUUCUACAAUAUAAGAAAAGUCGACACUCAUGUGCAUCAUUCUGCUUGCAUGAACCAAAAGCAUCUUGUCCGGUUUAUCAAGUCGAAGUUGAGAAAAGAACCAGAUGAGGUGGUUAUAUACCGUGAUGGACAGUAUCUUACAUUGAAAGAAGUGUUUGACAGCUUGGACUUAACAGGAUAUGAUCUUAAUGUUGAUUUAUUGGAUGUGCACGCUGACAAGAGUACCUUUCAUCGAUUUGAUAAAUUCAAUCUCAAGUAUAAUCCUUGUGGACAGAGUAGGCUUAGAGAAAUAUUUCUGAAACAAGACAAUCUUAUUCAAGGGCGUUUCCUGGCCGAAGUGACAAAGCAAGUUUUGUUAGACCUGGAAGCAAGUAAAUACCAGCUGGCCGAGUACCGAAUUUCAAUUUACGGGAGGAAACAAAGUGAAUGGGAUCAGCUUGCAAGUUGGUUUGUAAACAACGAAAUUUACAGUGAAAAUGCUGUUUGGUUGAUUCAGUUGCCAAGAUUAUACAACAUCUACAGGAGUAUGGGAACAGUAACAUCGUUUCAGAAUAUACUAGACAACAUCUUCAUUCCACUUUUUGAAGUCACAGUGGAUCCAAAUUCCCACCCUCAGCUGCAUGUUUUCUUAUUGCAGGUUGUAGGCUUUGACUUAGUCGAUGAUGAAAGUAAACCCGAGAGGCGUCCAACAAAACACAUGCCCACUCCAUCCGAAUGGACGAACGCAUUCAACCCUGCCUUUUCUUACUAUGCUUAUUAUUGCUAUGCAAACUUAUAUACACUAAACAAGCUCCGUGAAUCAAAAGGAUUACCAACGAUCAGAUUUCGGCCCCAUUGUGGAGAGGCGGGCGAUGUUGACCAUUUAGCUGCUGGGUUCCUUCUAUGUCAUAAUAUAUCGCAUGGAAUAAAUUUGCGCAAAUCUCCAGUCUUGCAGUAUCUAUACUACCUCGCUCAGAUUGGUUUAGCGAUGUCACCACUGAGCAACAACUCGCUCUUCCUGGAUUACCAUCGGAACCCAUUCCCAAUGUUCUUCCAGCGUGGCUUGAAUGUCUCCUUAUCGACCGACGAUCCCUUACAAAUCCAUUUAACUAAGGAACCCCUCGUCGAAGAAUACAGUGUAGCUGCAAAGGUAUGGAAGCUUAGUUCGUGUGACCUUUGUGAAAUAGCUAGAAACUCCGUCUAUCAGUCUGGUUUCACUCAUGCUGCAAAGUUGCACUGGCUUGGAGACGAGUAUUUUUACAGAGGGCCUAGAGGAAAUGAUAUACACAAGAGUAAUGUGCCAAAUACCCGAAUUUCCUUCCGACACGAGACAUGGAUGGCGGAGAUGCAAUGCGUCUAUGCUGGAAAAGCCAGAGUUCCCGAGGAGGUCGACCACUAAUAGAUCAUUUUCGGGGGGGAAAAAAAACUAGAUACAUUAUUUAUUUAUUUAUAAUUUUCACAGUUACAUUGUUGCUCUUAAUUCAUGAAAUGAAUUUUGUCCAUUAACCAAAAUUUUGAGUUAAUUUUGCUGAAUAAUUGAGUGAUGUAGAACCAUUCCACAUUGCAUAAGAUCCAACUCCUUUUCUUUGCU